AUGGCAAUCACGGAGUGCUUCAAUGUUGAUGAUGUGGCCAGUAGAGUCAUUUCAGCUGUUGUAGGUGCUACGUUGGAUAACGAAAGGUUGGUUUGUGAUCAGGCAUUCAAGGCUGUCAAGCUUUUCAUCAAGCGUUUAGAGGCUCACACUUUGACUGUGCUGGAGACAGCCUUCACAGAAGACAGCGGAGAGGAUUUACCUGCGAGGCUUCCAGGUGCAUUCACCCAGGCUGGGCUUGCAACAGGCGCAGCAGCUGCUCUCACAGGGCGGGCUGUGUCGUCCCUUGGCAAAAAGGCACAUUUUAUUUUGUUUAUCAAAACUGAUAGCUUACGAUAUCCACCGCUCAGCUUGCCUCUGCUGACGUGCAAAUGA